UGGGACUCCAAUAUCCAAGAUGAAUUGGUUGACACUGUUCGUCGUAUUCACGCUGCUGGUAUCUGGCGACAGCUGGUUUUGGGGAAGAAGACGACGACGACGACGACGUUCUCCUCCCCCGAAAAUACACGGUGGUUGGUCAGGAUGGAGUUCAUGGGGUUCGUACAGUUCUUGUAGCAGGUCGUGUGGAGGUGGGACUCAGGUACAUUCUCGGACGAGAAGCUGCACCAACCCGCUACCUGCAAAUGGUGGACGGUACUGCUCGGGUUCUUCCUCUCAAAGCCAGAGAUCCAAGUGUAACCUACGAGGAUGUCCAGUAAACGGUGGUUGGUCAGGAUGGAGUUCAUGGGGUCCGUACAGUUCUUGUAGCAGGUCGUGUGGAGGUGGGACUCGGGUCCAUUCUCGGACUAGAAGCUGCACCAACCCGCGACCUGCAAAUGGUGGACGGUACUGCUCGGGUUCUUCCUCUCAAAGCCAGAGAUCCAAGUGUAACCUACAAAGAUGUCCAGUGAAUGGGGGAUGGUCAGACUGGGGUAACUGGAGUGACUACAGCGCCUGUACGAAACCCUGCGGAGGUGGUGUCCAGGAGAGGACCCAGAGCAGAACCUGUAGUAAUCCUGCCCCAGCCCACGGCGGACAUGACUGUUCCGGAUCCAGUGUCAACACGGAGACUUCAGCCUGUAACCAAGAACCCUGCCUGGUGAAUGGGGGAUGGUCAGACUGGGGUAACUGGAGUGACUAUACCGCCUGUACGAAACCCUGCGGAGGUGGUGUCCAGGAGAGGACCCAGAGCAGAACCUGUAGUAACCCUGCCCCAGCCCUUGGCGGACUUAACUGUUCCGGAUCCAGUGUCAACACGGAGACUUCAGCCUGUAAUCAAGAACCCUGCCCAGUGAAUGGGGGAUGGUCAGACUGGGGUAACUGGAGUGACUAUACCGCCUGUACGAAACCCUGCGGAGGUGGUGUCCAAGAGAGGACCCAGAGCAGAACCUGUAGUAACCCUGCCCCAGCCCACGGCGGACUUAACUGUUCCGGAUCCAGUGCCAACACAGAGACUUCAGCCUGUAACCAAGAACCCUGCCCAGUGGAUGGUGGCUGGAGUAACUGGACUGCGUGGGAGGACGUUGCCGAGUGUUCCAGACUGUGUGGGACGGGAAGCAUGAAGCAGAGUAGGAUGAGAACAUGCAACAACCCAGUCCCGAAACACGGUGGGAAACGGUGUCAAGGGGACACAACUGAGGAGAAAACAGUUCACUGCAAUCAAGAUAAAUGUGGGGAUAAAUGCCCUCCAGGAAAAGAGACCUUGAUUGCACACCCGUCGAAUAAACGUCUCUUCUACAAGUGCAAUGGCAUGGUCGCAGAUCUCCAGCAAUGUCCCUCUAAUAGCAUGUGGAGCAGCACCUACAACAGGUGCGAAGGGGAAUGCCCCCCGAGUGGAGUCACCUACAUCGCUGGGACGACCUGUGGGCAGUUCAUCCAUUGCGUCAAUGGAAAACCGUACAUGUUUACAUGUUCACCAGGAACUGUGUGGGACAACAAACAAGAAGCGUGUGUGUUUGGCACAUGCUAAAAUAUAAUCUGUUACGAAUGCUGUAGCACCCAGAGAAAUUAACUAUUGCUAUUUAAUAUGGUCAUACAUAAAUCAAUAAUAAAAAAGUAAGUUUGUUUUUUAAUAUUCACAUGGCAACAAAAGUACAUGUACUUUUUGAGAAUCUGAAGUAGAGUUUAAAUACAAAAUAAUAAUUAAAAGAUGAACUUAACUUUGUUUCAUAUCAUAAAUAGUUAUAAUUCUUAAUACAAUGGCUAUAGCUAUUCAUUUUCUUGUGGAUAUAAUAUGAAAAACCAGUUAUCACAAUGUAACAGAAUAUUCAAUUUUUAAGUGAAGAUUUGAAAACAGACAUAAACAACAAAAGUUUUGGCUUUUACUGUCAGUAGCUGAAAAGGGAGUUUUCACAUUCUUACAACAAAGAACUUUAAAAAAAAAAUGUCUGCAUGUUAUUUCAAUAAACAAUUAUUAACAUUUCCCAAUUCAACAUUAACAAAUAAUGUACCGGUAACAGUUAUAUAAUUAAUUUUAACAAUCUGUUUUUUAAGCAUUGCUGAAAGUAAUGCAAAAUUGGAUUUAUGCAUGUCUGAUUUUUAAGUCCUAUGAUAUCAUUUGCACCACACUCCAAACAUUUAAACAAGAGAGUAUUUACAGAUUGGGAUUAUACAACAAUGUAUAUUAUAAUCCUGUUUGAACCUGGCAAUAAAGUUAGAUGUCUAUCUGGG